CGCUCGCUCACGUCCGGGGACCGGAAAGGAGGCGGGGCCGCGGCGGCGCGCGCCCCCGGAACGCGCGGCGCAGGCGGCGCCGAUCGCAGGGAGCCGGUCCGAGGCCGGAGCGGGGUCCCGGGUGUGCGUGUGGAGCGGGGCUCGGGGCGUCGGCCGCGAUGAACACGGUGCUGUCGCGGGCGAACUCGCUGUUCGCCUUCUCGCUGAGCGUGAUGGCGGCGCUCACCUUCGGCUGCUUCAUCACCACCGCCUUCAAAGACAGGAGCGUCCCGGUGCGGCUGCACGUCUCGCGGAUCAUGCUAAAAAAUGUAGAAGACUUCACUGGACCUAGAGAAAGAAGUGAUCUGGGCUUCAUUACGUUUGAUAUAACUGCGGAUCUAGAAAAUAUAUUUGAUUGGAAUGUUAAGCAGUUGUUUCUUUAUUUAUCAGCCGAAUAUUCAACAAAAAAUAAUGCUCUGAACCAGGUUGUCCUUUGGGACAAGAUUGUUCUGAGAGGCGAUAAUCCGAAGCUGCUGUUGAAAGAUAUGAAAACAAAGUACUUUUUCUUUGACGAUGGAAAUGGUCUCAAGGGAAACAGGAAUGUCACUUUAACCCUAUCGUGGAACGUGGUACCAAAUGCCGGCAUUCUACCUCUUGUGACAGGGUCAGGACAUGUAUCUGUCCCAUUUCCAGAUACAUAUGAAAUAACGAAGAGUUAUUAAAUUAUUCUGAAUUUGAAACAACAUAUUUUUAUACCUAAUGAAUUGUAUCUCAUUUAUCUCUUCCUUUGCAUCUUCGUUUUGAGUUAUUAACUUUUUUUUUUUGGCGUAAGAAUGAACAUCAAAAGGCAUAUUUGAAGGGAAAGGUUAAUGUACUACUUAAUUUUCCAAAUAAGAACAAACGAAGACCACCAGAGUGGAGUAUUAUACCAAUAAGACAGCCACACAACGAGGAUUUGUGAAAUAUUUAUAUUUGAAGUAUUCCCUGUAUUUCCAUUAUGUAUGGAAUAUGAAGUAAGCAUGAAGGGUAGUUAAAACUUUCAGGUGCCUGUGGAGUUAUAAGAACUUGCAUUUAUGCAAGUUCACGUUGGAUGUGACUGAGAAGCAGACAUUCUCUUUAUCUCUUUUAGGGUAUGUCUGAAUACUGGAAAAAUUAAUAUAGUUAUUGAUGAGAAGCCUGGUUUACAAAAUAGCCAACAGUGAUGGGAUUUUAUUCCAUUUGUCUUGGGAAUGCCCACAAUGCUUGUUUUUCUGACAAGUGACUAGCAACUUUCUCCACUAAAGACUAAAUACCUCUUUAUAUGCUGUAAAUCAUUCUAAAUAAUUUUAAAGUCUCUUAAGUCAACCAAAUGUGUGUCUUUCAGUGCUUUCUCUAAAAAAAGUUCCUUGAUAUUAUAUCUUUGUGUGAUUUUUAUUUUUUAACAUUGCCAUGAAAGUUGAAAAUGUUUGCAUGGUUUUCCCUCUGAGUUGUUUGUUCUAGUGAGCAUGCCUAGUGCCACUGAGUGGUAAUUAUUUAAAUUUUUUUCUAGUCCACAUUUUAAUAGUUAUUGGGGUAAUAAUAAUCAAUAUUGGUUGGUGUGCUUUUCCAUUUACAAGCACUCACAUGUAUUUUACUGUAUGUGAUCUUCAGUAACCUAAUGAGGUGAGUAGUGCAAAUGUUAGCUCUUUGCAGAUAAAGAAACUGACCAAGAAGUUUAUUGAAUUGUUUCAAGGUUAUUACAUAGCUAGCAAGGAAGGGCGUUAACCCUUGAACUCAGAUCUGAUUCUCUAAGCACAUCCUUCUGUACUUCAGAUUACAGACAGAUUAUUGUAUUUUUGUGUUACCCUGGUUGGCCUUUCUAUUACCUAGAAGAUUUCCUGUCCUGUAUGGAAGUUAUUAAUUUUCAAGUUGCCAAUAAUUUUUAUAGAGGUGAUAUCUCACUCAUCCUUUGCCUGUUAAUUUGAUUCGUGUUAAAAAUACAGGAAUCCAAAUAUAUGUAAAAGUAAUUCAGAGAUUGAUUAUAGGAUCAUAUUUAACACGAUUCUCUUCUACAGUGCGCAAAUAAACAUCCUCAAAGGAAGCAACUACAAAUCAAUCACCCUUAAAAGCAAGACCAGAGACUGUAGGUCAGUAUUAGCAGUAACAAAAAAGGCUAAUAAUGUUUUCUAAGAAUAGUUUACAUGAGUGGCUAACAUUUGUUUUACUUAACCUCCUAUGAAAUACAUCUCCAUGUCAUUACAUUGGUUGGGACAGCUCUUGCCUGGGGCCUGUGUUCUGUGAAGGUCAGUUGAAGGUCAGAAGACUGGGCUUGGCUACCAGCUUUUCAGUUAAACUUUUCAGGGUCUCCAUUUCUUUGUCUGUAAAAUGACAGAGUUGGACUAGUUAACUUAGGUAGUGGUUCUUUUAUUCCACACAUAUCUGUAAAAUCUGCUGUGUCUGUUCGGUGGACGGUGAACAGAAGAGCUCCCUAGCGAUGUGACGGCAGCAGGAUGGUGGAAAGACGCGUCAACACGUAAUUCAUGUUGAUCUGAUGUGAUUUCUGUUAGAUUUUACCCCCAGAAGAUUUAACUUCUUAUAUAGUCUAUACAAAUACUAGACAUGGAAACGGAAAAUCUAUUGGCCUCCAAGCUUAAAAGUUGGGUGUGUUCUCACUGAGGGGUGUGCACAGUGUGCCGGCAGCCUCAGCCAGACCUGGUGGGGCUGCAGUAACUGCUGAGACGCCUCUGGGUGUGCGGCACUGUGCUUGCUGGGGAGCAGUGUGGACACCGCUCCAGUUACUCUUCAGUCCAGGCCCACCCGCUCUUUGGGACUCAGCGACGAAGAGGAGUAGAGAGGCCCACUAGCUCAAUGGGUAAAUAGUUUUUGCUUUUACUUAACCAAGGGAAGCUGCUCAGGACAAGAGUGCUCUGGUAUGGGAAUCAGAAACCUCCCUCUCAGGAACUCAGUGUUGGGUGUGCACAGCUUUGUAAGUUCACUCUGAUUCUGCUUGAAAAAGAUGCAUAACCAUGUCGUCUGCCUUAAUGUCAGUGUCAAGAAGUCUUACAAAGUCUCGACGAAGACCCAAGGCGUCACAGUUUUGAUUAGAAACAUCUGAGCCCAGGGGUGGUCUUGGGAAAGAGAAUCAUUGCAAGACACUCAUCUAAAGUAGUUAUGUUUAGAAAGGAGUUAAUUUUAAGAUGUCAUGCUCACAUGCUGCUUUUCUCUAGCAGUUUACCCUAGACGAGCAGCUACAUCAGUGAUUUUAUUCCCCCAAGUGAUGACAUUUGGUUCCUUUGUGCUUAAAGGAGGAUAACAAAACUUCAGAAAUUCCUUAUGGUGUAAUAGGAAAGGGGGUUAUUUUGAGUUUCUGUUUUUGGAAUUAUUUUACAGCUCUUUGGUGGGUCUGGCCAGCCUGGUAAUAGCGCUAAGAGAUAGGCCUUAAGGCUGUAAGGAACAUUUAUUUGUUCACUGUUCUAUCUAAAGCUUAAUGAUCUAAAGCUUUGGUUCUUUGGGGUAUAGGUUAAUGGAGGUGUUAUUUUAUAAAGCUUUGAAUUGACAUGAAAUGAGUUUAUGGGGGGGGAACCAUAAGCUGUGAAUUUUGGUAGUAAACAUCUGUCCAUUUCAGAAGCUUCCUCUGCUUUUAGCAGAGAGCCCGUGUACCUUUUAUGUGACUGCCAGUGGUUCAGAGAUCUGCUUCAAAAAGUUGUUGCAUGUUUUGAUGCAAUUUGGGAAACUGUUUACUUUACAAAUACAAAUUAAUAAGAAAAAAAUUCAUGAAAAUACUGAAGAUAUGUUUGAGGAUUUUCUUAAUUGCAAUAAAUAUUCAGCAUUUUUCUAAUGAAAAUGAAUUUUGUUUACAAGUAAAAGUAUGCAUUUUAAGACUUUCAGAUGGAUGCUUUUUUUAUGUGAAGCUGCUGAACUAAAAGAAAGUGGAUGAAACCGAGUCUAGUAAACUUGAGUUUUCUUUUUCCCUUUGUUUUCUUCUCUCUCUCUCCCUCCCUCCCUGCCUCCCUCUCUCUCUUUUUGGUGGGGUGGGUGGGGGAGGCUUAUCACAGGUAAAAGAUCUGCAGAGCGUGUGCUCCUGCGCUAGACUGUAAGCUCUCUGAGGGCAGCUUUGUGGAUUCAGCUGUGUGUUUGCCCAGCGCCUAGCAGAGGGCUUUGCACGUAAUAGGUGCCCAAUAAACCCAAUGAUGAACGAC